AUGAAGAGAGAAAAGGGAGUACUGUGCAGAGUCUCCAGGGCCCUGCGCCUCACUCCUUUUGUCUACCUUCUUCUGAUCCAGACAGAUCCCCUGGAAGGGGUGAACAUCACCAGUCCAGUGCGCCUGAUCCAUGGCACUGUGGGGAAGUCGGCCCUGCUUUCUGUGCAGUACAGCAGCACCAGCAGCGACAAGCCUGUGGUGAAGUGGCAGCUGAAGCGGGACAAGCCGGUGACUGUGGUGCAGUCCAUUGGCACAGAGGUCAUUGGCACCCUGAGACCUGACUAUCGAGACCGUAUCCGGCUCUUUGAAAAUGGCUCCCUGCUUCUCAGCGACCUGCAGCUGGCCGACGAGGGCACCUAUGAGGUCGAGAUCUCCAUCACCGAUGACACUUUCACUGGGGAGAAGACCAUCAACCUCACUGUAGAUGUGCCCAUUUCGAGGCCACAGGUGUUAGUGGCUUCCACCACUGUGCUGGAGCUGAGCGAGGCCUUCACCCUGAACUGCUCACAUGAGAAUGGCACCAAGCCCAGCUACACCUGGCUGAAGGAUGGAAAGCCCCUCCUCAACGACUCGCGAAUGCUCCUGUCCCCUGACCAAAAGGUGCUCACCAUCACCCGCGUGCUCAUGGAGGACGACGACUUGUACAGCUGCAUGGUGGAGAACCCCAUCAGCCAGGGCCGCAGCCUGCCCGUCAAGAUUACCGUGUACAAAAGAAGCUCCCUCUACAUCAUCUUGUCUACAGGAGGCAUCUUCCUCCUUGUGACCUUGGUGACAGUCUGUGCUUGCUGGAAACCCUCCAAAAAGAAGAAGAGGAAGCUGGAGAAGCAGAACUCCCUGGAAUACAUGGAUCAGAAUGAUGACCACCUGAAACCAGAAGGUGAGCUCCCAGCCACCCACUCACCCACCCUAUCGCCACUCAGAUCAGUGGGCUGCUGGGAAAAAGCAGAACUGGGCCACAAGGAAGCCAGCUCUGCAGGGCCCCUUCCUCCACCAACUGCACGAAGACCGCAGAGCAGGGAGAAGUGCAGCCAAGCAGACACCCUCCCACGAAGUGGAGAGCAGGAGCGGAAGAACCCUAUGGCACUGUACGUCCUGAAGGACAAGGACUCCCCGGAGCCCGAGGAGAACCCUGCCCCGGAGCCUCGGAGCGCGACUGAGCCCGGACCGCCCGGCUACUCCGUGUCGCCAGCCGUACCCGGCCGCUCGCCGGGGCUGCCCAUCCGCUCGGCCCGCCGCUACCCGCGCUCCCCGGCGCGCUCCCCGGCCACCGGCCGCACGCACACGUCGCCGCCCCGGGCCCCGAGCUCGCCGGGCCGCUCGCGCAGCGCUUCGCGCACACUGCGGACUGCGGGCGUGCACAUAAUCCGCGAGCAAGACGAGGCCGGCACGGUGGAGAUCAGCGCCUGA